AUGUUUUUAACCAGAAGUGAGUAUGACCGUGGUGUUUCGACAUUUUCUCCUGAAGGUCGACUAUUUCAGGUGGAGUAUUCAUUAGAAGCCAUUAAACUUGGAUCCACAGCUAUAGGAAUUUGUACAAGUCAGGGAGUUAUAUUAGCCGUUGAAAAGCGUGUUACAUCACCACUUUUAGAGAGUGAUAGUGUUGAGAAGAUUAUGGAAGUUGAGAAACAUGUUGGAUGUGCAAUGUCUGGACUUACGGCCGAUGCUAGAUCUCUUAUUGAUCAUGCCAGAGUUGCAGCGGUGCAACAUGAUUUAUACUAUCAUGAACCAAUUGGAGUUGAGUCAUUAACACAGAGUGUCUGUGAUCUUGCUCUUCGUUUUGGUGAAGGAGCAUCUGGUGAAAAAAGACUUAUGUCAAGACCAUUUGGUGUUGCCCUUUUAGUUGCUGGUUAUGAUGAGGAAAAGGGGCCCCAAUUGUACCACGUAGAACCAUCUGGAACAUUUUAUAGAUAUGAUGCAAAGGCAAUAGGUUCAGGAUCAGAGGGUGCACAGGCAGAACUUCAGAAUGAAUAUCACAAAUCUCUCACAUUAAACGACGCCGAGCUUUUGUCACUGAAAGUUUUGAAGCAGGUUAUGGAGGAAAAAUUGGAUAGCAAAAAUGCACAAAUUGCUAGUGUUACAAAGGAUGGAGGAUUUAGAAUAUAUAGUGAAAGCGAACUUGCAAAGCUAAUUGAGGAAUUGAAGCAAAAAGAAAAGGAAGAAGGUGAUGAAGACGAGGCAGAGGAAUUGAAGGAAGAACCAGCUCAGUGA